GUCUUCUAGAUUAAGGUCCUAUUCAAGCGACUUCCGAGUUCAAUGAAAACUGAAAACUGAACGAUUUUUCCAGUGAAGUUGUUUUCGAUGACUUCUAUUUUUAUUGUCUUUCUGGGCUUUAAACCGUAAAAUAUGGCCCCACCGAAAUCAAGAAAAAUCGCCAUCAUGGGCUUUCGUUCUGUGGGAAAGUCCUCUUUGACUAUACAGUUUGUUGAGAAUCAAUUUGUGGAUUCUUAUGACCCCACAAUAGAAAACACAUUUACAAAAAUAGUAAAGAAUCGUGGACAAGAGUAUAAUCUGGAGUUAGUAGACACUGCUGGACAGGAUGAAUACUCUAUUUUUCCUCAAGCAUACUCAAUGGGAAUUCAUGGAUAUAUUCUGGUUUUUUCUGUUACAUCACAAAAAAGUUUUGAUGUAAUUCAAGUUAUUCAUGACAAGUUACUUGAUUUUACUGGACACAAUAGGGUCCCAAUUAUUCUUGUUGGAAAUAAAAAUGACUUGCAUAUGGAAAGGGUAAUCUCAACAGAAGCUGGAAAACAAUUGGCAAACAGUUGGAAAGCAGUUUUUCUGGAAACAUCAGCAAAGGAACUUAAGAGUGUUGAGCAAGUUUUUUAUAGUCUACUUGCUGAAAUUGAAAAACAACAGAACGGACCUGCAGAGAAGAAAGAUGACUGUACCAUACUAUAAAAUCCUAAAAUAACCAACUCAGCCUUUACUUAGAUUAACCCAGCAACAAUCUAAUCAUCUCUAAAACACAACCUAUAACACAACUUGAACGCAUUCACUUUGAAACACUUUUGAUCUCUUAGCAUUGGAAUGACAAGUGUAAUAUUUGCACGCUAGAAUUACAUUAGUAAUCUUUACCUUAAAUAUAAAGGGCGGAAAAAGUAGACACUGUCAAAUUCAAAUCAAAAUGCGUGAACAUCUACGAUAGUCUGAUACAGCUCUAUUCAUUAAGGAUAAUUUUGUCGUAUGUGUGAUUGCUUACCAAAUUUUGAAAGUGUCUCCUUUUUUACACCAUGUCACUGCCAUUUGUAUGAUGUACAUGUCCAGGAACAUGAAUGUUUCAACCUCAGA